AUGCUAGCUAUUCGUAGUGCUGCCGCUGCUGUCUCGAAGCGCAUCGCUUUUGUGUCGCCAAUGGGACAAAUCAUGGGCCUUACCAACAUGCACGAGAAGGAAAAGGCUGCGGAAGCCGUCUUCUUCAAUAAGGAGGACGAAAAAGCUCUGCGCAAGCUGCUACAGAAGAUGAAGGGUCAGACGGAUGCUGUGGACAAAAAAGGCUAUAAAGACCACGUGGAACAUGAUAAGGAGGGACUUAAGAAGAUUGCUGGCCUCAACUUGAACGAGGAACAAGUUCAAGCUCUGCUCAAGUGGAAACAUCAGCAAUAG